UAGGAAUUGUAUCCGAACCAAAAGCAGAAACUAGUGGAUUUGAGUGAUUCAUGAGUGAAGCGGAGACGUUUAUAGAUGAUUUUAUUAUAUUUCUAAACUUUAUGACAUACUAUAUGACCAUUGUACUUACUACUACAGCAGACCGGCGUGUCACAUAUAACCGUGGGUGUCCUGAAUAACUAUUGAGGUACAACAUAGCUGUUCGUGUGGAAUGAAAUUCCGGCCGAGAAUCACUAUUAUGUCGGCCGUGCACGAUAUCAGAAGAAAUAAACAUAACUCGGUGAGCCCGUGCACGCUGGCCACGCAAGAGUACAGUGCGAGGGAAUUCAACGAAUAUCUGAACAAGACCGGAGUUCAUUACUACAUUCGGUACGUGUUAACGUUCGCGUCAAUCUUUGGAGUGUUUCCGGUCAGUAACAUAUACCAACGAGACGUUUACAAAUUGACGUUUCGCUGGUAUUAUCCGAUUGCUAUUUACUCGUUUCUUCUGUUUUGUGGAUUUGCGUCCAUUGAGUUAUUCUCGUUGGACUACACUAUAAGGAACUUAAAUCAAGAUAAUCUGACCGCGAAAGGAGGGAUAAAGAAAGCAACAUCGGGAAGUAUAUUUUACGGCAAUGCGUGUUGUGCACUUUGGAUGUUCAUAAAACUAGCGAAGAAAUGGCCUAAGCUGAUGCAGGACUGGCGGUCGGUAGAGAUUUCAAUGAGGAGGUUUGGCGCUCCAAGACUCGGAUGGAAAUCAACUACUCUUGCUGUGGUAUUACUAGUGUUCGCGUUCACUGAACACGGCUUACACAAUUGGUUAAAUACAAGGCCCGGCGGUAAAGAUGACAUUGCAUCCAUGUCGCUGAUCGACAAUGAUGAUAAUGGCAGUCUUAUACUUCUAGAUCAAUCCGCAACAUUCAUAGGAUAUCUCGAACGGUUUUCUUUAAAGACGCAUUGGUACUUGUACGACGAUUAUGACAGUUAUAACCCGGUAAAAGGCUUCUUGGUAAUGUGGUUAAGUCUGACUGCGACGUUCCUGUGGAAUUUCACCGAUCUUUUCAUCAUGUUAGUCAGCUCAGCACUGGCGGCUCAGUUUAAGAAACUAACAAAAGCCAUGCAUAGCGUUAGAGGUCAAAUGCUGACAAUGUCGCAGUGGCAGGAAUACCGAGAGACUUACACGUCCUUAACUCAUUUGGUCAAGAAAAUUGACGAUCAUAUCAACGUCAUUGUGGCGUUGUCAAUAGGCAGUAACAUUUAUUUCAUUUGCGCUCAGCUCAUUACGGAAAUCGAUUCUAUCAAACACAGCUAUUUCAGAACGCUGUUCUACAUGUACUCGUUUAUGUUUUUGGUGUUUCGGACCACAGCAGUCGUGAUGCAAGCAUCUGCAAUAAACGAUGAGAGCAAAAAAAUUGUGCCAGAAAUUUUCAUGUGUCCAACACACAGUUACAGCAUAGAAACACAAAGAUUUUUACAAGAAGUCACAUCAGAUUAUGUAGCUUUAACAGGAUUAAAAAUGUUUUCAAUUACAAGAAACUUUCUUUUGGGGGUAAGUUUAACUAUACAAUUUUAAAAAUUGUAAGUCAAUCACAAAUAACAUUUUUAAUUUUCUGUACAGGUUGCUGGAGCAGUUUUAACAUAUGAAAUUGUUUUAAUACAACUACAAAACACAAAUUAAAUUCAGAACCUUUGUCAGAUAAUUAUGUUACUUUUAUAAUAAACUAAUAAACAAUAAUUAAAAAUUA